AUGCCAUUCCUUGGCCGAGAGAAAGGCCGCGGGCAAAAAUCACGCAGGUCGGAGGAUGAAUUCGUAGUAUUUCUCCAAGGAAUCCCAGCUCAUUGCCGCUGGCAAGAGUUGAAAGAUCUAGUGCGACAGACAGCCCUACACAUCCGCCAGGCCGUAGUAUAUGAUGACAGCCACGGGUUCCCUACCGGGCUGGGACAGAUCAUCGUCAAAAACGAGGAUGAAGCAUGGAGAACCUAUCAGCGAUUAUCAACGAACGGAUGGGAGGGCCAAAGCUUGGUCGUGACUCUAGCACGCACGAGUGCUCCCACGAAGCCUAUCGCAGGACCUACAAGAAGUCCACCAGCCAUGAUCCAGGGCUAUGUGUCAGGUCAUUCCACUCCUCCCCGAUCUCAUGGCAAUGUGGCUAUGCCUCCCUCACCAGUAUCAUCCGAAUCCAUCCAUUCAAGAACCUCAACUUUUUACUCUGAAUAUGCACCAAUGAUGGCACCAAUGCCAAUCCCACCACAACAGUUCAUGCCAUUGAUGGAUUCCACACACUGCUUCCCGCCUUCUCCACUGAUGCAUUACGAUGCACCCCUCGGCUGGGGCAUGAUGCCAUACCCUGUAUCACCCAGCCAAUCUCGCCACGACUACACAGAUGGCUACUCGCGCUAUGAGCCAUACAAACUGUGGAACCAUUCCGACACCAACAUCUCGAUCUACGAUAUGACUCAGAGGGAAGUGCACGUCCAAAACCUCACCGCAGCCGCAACAGCCACCGACCUACGGCGCCUGUUACAGGGCGUUGGCAUAGUCGAGCAAUGUAGCGUGACCCCGACGUCUGAUAUCUCGACCCAAGCCCUAGGCUAUGCAAUCAUGCACAGUGCCGAAGAUGCCAAGCGCGCCGUGACCAUGCUAAACAAUAUGAGGUUCAUGGGAGCUCACAUCCGCGUGAAGAUGAAUAAUCGCCCUGGUUUCAAGCGAAGUGGAAGCUAUGAGACUGUAGCUCAUGAGAAAACUGAUUUGCCGGAUCUGGUGUCUUGUGACAGGGGUUCGGAGUAUAGCGAGUAUGGCCAAGAUGUCUCUUUCAGGAAGCCUGUUGAGCCUAAUCAACCUCUCGUUGUUGAUGGCUCAGGAUUACGGAGCAGAUCUUCGGAAAUGCUUUCAGUUUCUGCGCCGACUUGA